AUGGCAUCAUCAAGGGAUAACAGCACUCGCGUGGAGAAAGAAGAGAAGCCGCAAUGGUGGUGGAGGACCGCAGCCUGCCUGCCGUAUUUCUUGCCCCUCCAUGAGACAUGGAACUACGGAGAGACCGCAGUCUUCCUGCGGCCUCAUCUACAACGCUUCGAAUUCCUCACCAACCCCGUCCUUCGGGUACCACCCUUGUUCUCCAUUAUCUACUUCUUCGUCUCCUACUUCUGGCUGGUAAGGAGGAAGGAGCUGCCCCAUUUCCUCCGCGUCCACAUCAUGGCGGGCUUGCUUCUUGAGAACUCCCUCCAGCUCAUAUGGACCGUGAGCCGGUGGACGCCGCUGUCCAUACUUGGACUCAAGCUCGGACUGUACAUCUGGAGUGCCGUCUCCUUCGCCUUCUUCUUCUGUGUGCUGCGCUGCGUGGGCUGUGCGCUUGCAGGCAGGUACGCUGACAUCCCACACAUUUCUGAAUCGGCUGUCGCACAGAUCCCUCAUUCCUAG